CUCCUCCGCGCCAGAAUGGCAACCAGACUCAUGGCUCGUCGCGGCUUCACCUCCACCACACGCCGAAUGGACGCUUUCAGCCCCUACCACUACCCUGAGGGUCCCUACACCAACUUGCCAUUCAAUCCCAAGACGAGGUUCUUCUGGCUGAGAUACUGGCUCUUCAUG